ACUAGUGAAGGGCCCUGUUGUGGUUUAUAUCUAAAGGUGGUGAUGGGGGCCAUUCAACUUUUCUGGUGUUGUUCAAAUCUAGUUUUCAGCAGUCAGCUCUUAUCACUCCGUUGUAAGGAAUCCUGCCAAAGCAAAAGCAUGCUACAAUAAAGAAAAGAAAGAGGAAAGGAAAGGACCACAUUGCCACUCUAGAAUCUCUUCACAAACUCUAGCUGAAGCCACACCACUCUGUUCCACAGAUGAACUCCAUCGCUCCCAUCCUCCAACUCUCCCAUGUUUCUCCACUCCUUGUUCAUGCAAGAUCAAAAGAUUCAACAAGCAAGAAAGCCGUGGUACCAAAGAUUGAUGCAGAUUGUGAUUUUAUGGAAGCAUGCAACAAAGUCGCCAGGAACAAAAUCUGAUGGAAUUCCAGCAAAUUCCAACAAACCAAAGCUAAGGAAAUGUACUUCUCUAAGGGUAGCCUCUUCAUUCACUCGAGUCUGUCUCUGUGCUCCCAUCUCUUCAUACACCGAGGUGUUUCGAGCCGAUGUCCCUCCAAGAAGAAGCUGCAGCUUGUCGAGAUCGAAAUCUUUUGUGGCUCCUGAUAGAAUCAUGACUGCCAGAACCUCGGUGGAAGGUCGGAGAGUUUUCAGGGGGAAGUCGUUAACCGAUGACACCUUGAUGAGGAGAUUUGUGGUGGAAGAGGAAGCAAUGAUGCAGCUGAGGAGGAGGAACCAGAUGGAAUUUGUGACAAAGAGGAAUGCCAUGAGAAGGAAAAAGCUUGGGCCCAGUCCUCUUAGAAUGAUGGUCAUGGCUGGAGAAGAGUAGUUAUUAAUUUUUAACAGAUACUAUGGCAUCUCUGUUUUAGUUGUCCUUGAAAUUGGCAAGUAGCUGAACUCCUCCAAAUGGAGCUUGCUUUCAUUUCUUCAUAAGAACAUGAUAUAAAAAGAAAUUAUCUUUUUUAUUGGAUAGAAAAAAUGUAU